AUGUCGUUUCCACAGUCUCUACUUCAAAUACAUUCCAGACCUACGGCGGUGGACCCUUCAACAUGGAGGGCGUAUCUUGAACAGCAAAUAUCCGAUAUUGUUACUUCAAAGGUUGCUCGAAGGGCUGCCCUAUACGAAGUAUAUCACAACUUUGAACUUGCGACUUCUACGGAGCAGCCUCCUGACGAGAAGACAUUUCUGGUGCUAUGCCACUCCGAUCAUCUGGUCCCGUCUGACACGGAUACCUAUAAGAAUCUUCUCAAGCCUAGCAAGCUACUCGGGGGAAAGGAUGCGAACUCUGUUGCCGCUAUAGAGGUUCGAAAUUCGUCCUUGAUUCAAAGCGUGGACCCAAAGCAUCUUGGAGAUAAGGAACCUCCGUAUAUGUUGUUGUGCGAGAUCGAGCCGCAAGACGACCAAGACUACGACCGAUUCUACCGCGAGGAGCACCUCGGUAAUCUCCUCAACGUUCCAGGAUAUAGGCGGUCUGCACGUUAUCGACUUGGGAAAGUCGAAGGGGAUACAAAGGAGAAGAUUCCCAGGUUCUUUGCGGUUCACGAAUGGGAUACUCUACAGCAUAUGAACGGCCCCGAACUACUCUAUGCCGAUGCAACACCUUGGGCGAGAAGGAUUCUCGAGAACUUUAAGGACGUGAGGGGGUUCAAACUUGUGAAGGGUGUGGGUUAUGAUAAGUAA